AUGACACACUGCCUAAGAGUGCCUGCCUCACAGAGAUUCAAUGAAAUUGGAGUCCAACAACUCAGUGAUUAUGUGCACCCCCAAGUGUUUCCCAAUCAGGGUCGUAUCCCAGACCCGGCCCUUGUCGCCCUCUCCAAAGACCAUCUCGCGAGACAUGACCUUCUCGGUAAAUCGCAGAAGGGCGCAGACCCAAUUGCGUUCGAUUUGCCACCACUCCAAGGCAAAUCAUUGGAUGAGCAUUUCCACAAGCUUGGCAUGGAUGCCUCAGAGCCAUACUUGACGAAUGCCAAAUCAUUUGCAAAUAUCAACUGCCCAGAAAAACCGCGCAAAUGGGUGAGACGGGCUGGAUGGACAAAAUAUCAUGCAGAUGGCUCAUCGGAACCGGUGGAUGCACCAAAUGAGGAAAUGCUUACCUUUGAUACUGAAGUCAUGUAUAAGGAACAUUCUUUUGCCGUUAUGGCUUGCGCAGUGAGCCCAACGGCUUGGUAUGCAUGGCUGUCCCCCUGGCUUCUGGGCAAAUCUACGGACCCAGUGCAAUUGAUUCCUUUGGGAGACCCUUCUGUUCCUCGAAUUGUCAUUGGGCAUAAUAUUGGAUAUGAUCGCGCGCGAGUUCUGGAGGAAUAUGAUAUGCAACAAUCCCGGAAUUUUUUCCUUGACACAAUGUCACUUCAUGUGGCAGUGAACGGAAUGUGCUCUCAGCAGAGACCGACAUGGAUGCGCCAUAAGAAAAACAAGGAUCUCAGGGACAAAAUAACCAAUGAGCACAACUCAGUGGAGCUGGCUGCAGUGCUUGAGAAUAAUAUGCUACGAGAGGAGGAGGAGGAGCUAUGGGUAGGACGAAGCUCAGUCAACUCGCUACGCGAUGUAGCCAAGUUUCAUUGCGAUGUCACAAUUGACAAAGCGCAGAGAGACUUUUUCGGCGAGCUUGACCGUAAAGCCCUUCUUUGCAAGCUGGAUGAGCUCCUUGAUUACUGUGCCGCUGAUGUUGCGAUCACUCAUCGUGUGUAUAGGAAAGUCUUCCCUAACUUUCUGGAAACCUGCCCUCAUCCUGUCAGCUUUGGUGCACUUCGACACUUAUCCUCGGUCAUUCUCCCUGUCAACCAAACCUGGCAGGAUUACCUUACCAAUACCGAGAAAACAUACCAUAGGCUACUUGACGAUGUCCAACGGAAGAUGAUUGAGUUGUGCGACGAAGCUCUCAAAGUCAAGGAAGAUUCUGAGAUCUAUACGAAUGAUCCUUGGUUAAGUCAGCUGGACUGGUCUGGCCAAGAGAUCAAAAUGGUAAAGGGAAAGAAGAAGGGUGAUCCUCCUCGCCCAGCUGCUAGACAGAAAAAGCCCGGCAUGCCGAAGUGGUACAAAGAUUUAUUUUCCUCAAACAACGCAGAAAUUAACCUCUCUGUGCGGACACGAAUUGCGCCUAUUCUCCUCAAACUAGCUUGGGAUGGAUAUCCCCUGAUCUGGUCAGACAAGCAUGGGUGGACCUUCCGAGUGCCCCGUGAUCAGAUUAAGAAAUAUGAGAAUCAGCCGGUCGUCAUUUGUGACAUGGCCGAGGAGAAAAAUUUGCAGCUUCGGGAUGAUCGAAAGCACACCUACUUUAAGAUUCCACACAAGGAUGGCCCCCAGGCUCGAUGCACUAAUCCUUUGGCAAAGAGCUAUUUACAAUAUUUUGAGCGGGGGAUUUUGUCCUCUCAGUUCGAACUUGCAAAACAAGCCUUGGAUAUGAAUGCCUCUUGUUCGUACUGGAUGAGUGCCAGAGAUCGAAUUAUGGGUCAAAUGGUAGUUUAUGAGGACCAGGUGCGAAAGAGCAACUCGGCAAAGCAAGAUACCCAAAAUCGGUUGGGUUUCAUCCUACCCCAGGUCAUUCCUAUGGGAACGAUCACCCGGCGCGCUGUCGAGAACACAUGGCUCACUGCGAGCAAUGCAAAAUCAAACCGUGUUGGAUCUGAACUCAAAGCUAUGAUAAAAGCACCCCCGGGAUAUUCAUUUGUCGGUGCAGAUGUGGACUCUCAGGAGCUAUGGAUUGCUAGCCUCGUUGGUGAUGCAUCAUUCCAACUGCACGGAGGCAAUGCUAUUGGGUUCAUGACGCUGGAGGGCUCGAAGGCCGAGGGGACUGAUUUGCAUUCUCGCAGUGCGCAGAUUCUGGGCAUAUCUCGAAAUGAUGCCAAGGUGUUCAACUAUGGUCGUAUUUACGGGGCUGGUGUCAAAUUUGCUGCCACUCUCCUACGUCAAUUCAAUCCGUCUUUGACUGAGAAACAAACUCAGGAAACCGCAGCCAACUUAUACAAAGAAACGAAAGGCACACGCACUUCGCGCCGUCUUUUGAGCGAGUCCCCCUUCUGGCGAGGAGGUACUGAAUCCUUCGUAUUCAAUAAGUUGGAAGAGUUUGCAGAUCAGGAACGCCCAAGAACUCCCGCAUUGGGUGCCGGAAUUACAGAGGCACUCAUGCGGCGCUUCAUCAAUAAGGGGAGCUUCAUGACAUCCCGGAUCAACUGGGCUAUUCAAUCUUCGGGUGUUGACUAUCUUCACCUUCUGAUUGUGGGCAUGGAUUAUCUUAUCAGAUUGUUUAACAUUCAAGCGCGACUAGCCAUUACCGUCCAUGAUGAGAUCCGAUACAUGGUCAAGGACGAAGACAAGUACCGUGCGGCCUUAGCUCUGCAAAUUGCUAAUAUCUGGACACGUGCUAUUUUUUCACAGCAAGUUGGCAUUGAUGACCUGCCCCAGUCCUGUGCCUACUUCUCAGCUGUCGACAUUGAUCAUGUACUACGAAAAGAGGUUGACAUGGACUGCGUAACUCCUUCACAUCCUCACAAAAUACCCCAUGGCGAGACCCUAGAUAUCACCCAGUUGCUGCACAAAGGCCAGCAGGCGUUUUUGGAUCCCUCGAUAACCCCGAAAUCACCACCCCGUCCUGAGACGUAUCCCUAUACCCCCCGGGAGUCUGUCAUGUCCUCCUUGCAAGCCUCCAAUGACUUGGCGUUCAUCAAAGCUCAGAUCACGAAAGACGAUAAGGAGCUACGCGAGAUCAUUAAAGGCAAAACACAAGCAGCUUCCAGUGGAAAAACCAUCACUUCUCGUUCUUCAAAAACCAGGAACAAGAUCGUUGGCUGGGCAUCGGCUGAACCCCAACGGGCAUUGCUUAUGGACAUGGAUUCUGGCCUGUAUCCUGAUUUCCGGGCCCCUCCGCAGACUUCUUUCAAUGCAGGCAAGCAACAAAAUCAAGUGUUCCACCGCCCUGCCUGGAAACCUCGUCCUUCUGCCCGGGCCUAA